AUGGUCAAGCUUACCGAGGUUGAGGAUGAGCACUUCACUCAAGAGAAGCCUAUGCCCACCCGGGACAACGUCCUGCUCGCCACGGAUGAUGAGGAUGAAGACUACACUGACACCGAAUCCGAGAUCUCCGUCGAAUCCGAUAUUGAGGUUGACAGCGAGACUUUGUACGAGCGUCUGGUUGCUCUGAAAGAUAUCGUUCCUCCCUCCGCCCGCCGUCAGCUCUCCAGCACCGUUUCCACAGUCACCUCGUUCACAAAGUCCAGCAUCUCCUUCAGCGGCCAGGCACUUUGGAUCAUCAGCACCAGCGCCUUCCUUCUCGGUGUCCCAUGGGCCCUCGCCUAUGCCGAAGAGGAGCAGUAUGUGCAGAUGGAGCGGGAGCAGGGCAUGAUCAAGGGCGCCAACGAGAUGCUUACCCCUGGUGCUCCCCUUGAGCAACAGCAAGCUCAACCUACUCUGUAA